AAAUGGCAGGCCUUUCUCCAAAUCGUCACUGCAAACGUCAUAACAACUAUUCCCCCCAUCCUUUAUACAUCCUUCUGCGUCCUCAUCAUGAAUGUCUCAAAAUUUGAGCAACCAGAGCCAUUUGCACAGAGCAGUUACAGCCAAUACACCAUCAUGGUCCGGCCCCACUUCCUCCUCAUAACAUUUCCGGCCCAGGGCCAUAUCAAUCCCGGCCUCCAAUUCGCCAAGCGCCUCAUUCGCUUAGGGGCGCACGUCACCUUCGUCACCACCGUCGCCGCCCGCCGCCGCAUGGCCAAAAUCCCUGAUCCCAACGGCUUGUCCUUCUCCACCUUCUCCGACGGCUACGACGACGGCUUUAAAGAUGGUGACGACGCCGGCAACUACAUGUCCGAGAUCAAGCGCCGUGGCUCCCAAGCUCUCACUGAUCUUGUCGUGUCCAGCGCUAACGAGGGUCGCCCAUUUACAGGCUUGGUCUACACCACCUUCCUCCCUUGGGCUGGGGACGUGGCGAGUGAACUUCACCUCCCAUCGGCGGUUAUUUGGAUUCAACCCGCCAUGGUUUUGGACAUAUACUACUACUUCUUCAAUGGUUAUGGUGAUGUCAUCAGGAACAGCAGCAAUGACCCCUCCUGUCCGAUACAAUUACCGGGACUGCCAUUGCUCACUAGCCGUGACCUGCCGUCCUUCUUGCUUGCUUCAAAUACGCAUACUUUUGUGCUCCCAACGCUUCAAGAGCAACUUGAAGCGCUUGGAAAAGAAAGCAAGCCGAUAAUAUUAGUGAACACCUUUGAUGCACUGGAGCUGGAGGCGUUAAGAGCGAUCGAAAAGUUCAAUUUGAUUGGAAUUGGGCCGCUAACGCCGUCUGCUUUUUUGGAUGGAAAAGAUCCAUCCGACACUUCUUUUGGAGGAGAUCUUUUCCAAAGUUCCAAGGACUACAUGGAAUGGCUCGACUCCAAGCCCAAAUCAUCCGUUGUAUACGUGUCGUUCGGGACCUUAUUAGUGUUAUCCAAGCAACAAAUGGAGGAAAUUGCACGCGGAUUGUUGGAUUCCGGCCGGCCAUUCUUGUGGGUCAUAAAAGCUAAGGAAAACGGAGAAGAAGAGAAGCAAGAAGAUAAAUUGAGUUGUAUGGAGGAAUUGGAAGAAAAGGGAAAGAUCGUGCCGUGGUGCUCUCAAUUGGAGGUUUUGUCACACCCCUCAUUGGGAUGUUUUGUGACACACUGCGGGUGGAAUUCAACUUUGGAGGGCUUAAGUUGUGGGGUGCCAGUGGUGGCGUUCCCCCAGUGGUCGGAUCAAGGGACAAACGCGAAGCUGAUUGAGGACAUGUGGAAGACGGGAGUGAGGGUGGCUGCAAAUGAGGAUGGAAUUGUGGGAGGUGAUGAGAUCAAGAGAUGCUUGGAAUUGAUUCUAGGAGGAGGGAGAGGGGAAGAUAUUAGAAGGAAUGCUAUGAAAUGGAAGGCUUUGGCUGCAGAGGCUGCCACUGAAGGCGGUUCUUCGUAUAACAAUCUUAAAGCUUUUGUCGAUGAGAUUGUACAAGAUGAAUUUUGUCUUCUGCUCAUACAGGGAUAUUUCAAGUAACUCUCUUGGUGUAUAUAUCCCUCGGUCACUUGGGAAGCUGGAUGUGCACAUUAUUAUUGUUGCCUUUUUGGACAUUUUGAAGCAAUGUGUCAACCAAUUUUCUGAUGGGGCCAAUACCCUCUGAUGGUGUGCUAAUCAACUUAACAGAAAGCUCAUAAGCGCAGCUUCUCCUGAUCUGUUUUGUUUAUAAUGUGAAUUUUAUCAUCAAGCAGCUCAUUGUUUAAUAAUUCAUGAGAUUUAAGGGAGUUUUCUAUACUAAAUUCAUUUUCUUUUAAUAAUUUUGUUAGUUGGUAAGAGACAAGUAUUAUUAAUGAAAUAUUACAGAAUAUUGUUGAUGAUGGGGAAGGCGACAGAUUUCAUUGCUACUCUACUCUUGACAAAACUUUGUUUAUGUUCUGUAACCUGCCACAGUCACUGGCCAGUUGUUUUAAGCUUAACAAUGCAGUAAUUUACCCAAAAUAUUAUCCUAAUGGCCAGACCAUUGGGGUACUUAUACAGUUGUAUUAAGCUUAACAAUGCAGAUUUGUUGGCAAUCGUGGUUUGUGUGGUAAGUAAAUCAAUAUGGCAUUCAAGGAAGAUGAUGGAGGACCUGAAACUAAUUCCCAAUCUCCAACCUCAGGUAAAUAAUUACACAUAGGAACUUCGUUGGUUGUGUUUUAUUUCACUGGAGAUAGGUGGAAAUUUUGGAUCAUGGAGCAUUCAGCUUCCAUUUAUUAGACAGUGAGGAUUAUACGAUUUGUAUGGUCUCCAUACUGAUCUGAAGAGUUGUUAGAGUCCUGAUGGAGCGCAAUCAUUUUAGUUAAUCGAUUCAUACUUUUGACAUCAUUGUAUUCAACACGGGAUUAAUUCUGAGGACUUAUACUAUCUAGAAUUUCACCUUAGUAGCCCAAAAUCAGG